AUGGUGCUUAACAUGUAUGCUUCCGGUGUACACUGUACACACCAACUUGAGAUGAAAGCUGUUUAUAUACUUGAUACACUAUCUCAAGCUGAUAAGAUAGAACAAGCAACAAAUUACAUAGUGGAGUUGAGAGAAAGAGUAGAGAACUUAAACAAGAGAAGAGAUCAAUUAAUGACAAAUAAUUCUGGCUUAAUAACCACCAGUAUUGAACUGAAAGAUUUGGGUAGUGUUAUAGAGGUGCAAAUUGUGGUGCAACGAGACUGCGAAAUCAAGUUACAUGAAGUGAUUAGGGUUCUUGAGGAAGAAGGAGCUGAAGUUGUCAAUGCUACUUUCUCAACUCAUGGGAACUAUGUCCUCCACACUCUCCAUGCUAGGGCUCAGAGUUCAAGGAUUGGAGUAGAGACUUCUAGAGUGCAGGAAAGAUUGCAACUACUGAUUUGA